UCAUUCAUGAAUUUGUUUUGCUUACAUUUUCACGGUUGAUAUUCGUUGGAGAAAGAACACGGUUUUAAAAUAAUAAACAUAAAAUAAAAAGGUCGCAAUGUCCUCAAAUGAUAUAAAAUUGGAAGUUUGUGUAGAUUCGAUCGCCUCUGCAUUAGCUGCCGCUGAGGGUGGUGCGGCUCGGAUUGAAUUGUGCUCCGCUCUGACCGAAGGUGGCCUAACACCUUCUCCAGGAACUCUCAAGACACUCAAGGAGCUAAUUAACAUACCCAUUUAUUGUAUGCUACGACCAAGGCGCGGCAAUGAUUUCGUUUAUUCAAUAGCGGAAAUGGAAUCGGUGCUUUUGGAUUUGGAAGUACUUCGCGCGCAUGGUGCUGAUGGCUUUGUCUUUGGUGCGCUCACCGAGCAACGUACCAUCGAUAUAGAAAAAUGCCAACGUGUUAUGGAACGCGCUGCGGGAAUGCCACUUACCUUUCAUCGAGCAUUCGAUCUCAGUAAUCCUCAAUUGAUGCAUGAAACUGUGACCACUAUUAAGGAAUUGGGUUUUAAGCGUUUACUCAGUAGCGGUUUUCGUGCCACUGCUAUUGAAGGCAGUGAAAAUCUGGCACAGUUAAUUGCUAAACAUCGUGACAUAGUUAUAAUGCCAGGUGCGGGUAUUAGCGUAAGCAAUUUGGAUGAAUUGCUAACGAUUACAAAGUGCAUAGAAUUUCAUGCUUCAGCGCAAGCUGCGGCAGGCGCUAUAUCAACAAAUGGCGGUUUGGCGUGUAUGGAUUGUGAUGUCACAAUGGGUAAGCAAGACGUUGAGCUAUAUACUACCACUGAUGUGAAUGUCGUCCGCAGAAUGGUAAACAUUGCUAUGGCGGCAAAAUGAAAAUGGUAUCAAAAGAAGGCAAAAGCUAAUUUCAUACAAUUUUACUAAAUGUUUAAAUUAAAAUGUAUUAUGUAUGUUAUUUAUUAUGUAAGUUAGUACAUUGCCAUUUUGCACUAGCAUAUUUCCCUCUUGAAUAGUUAAAAUAUUUGAAUAGCAUAGUUUCUUACAUUUUUAAUAAAUAAGCACUUACAUCGAAGCAAAUGUGAACACUUUUUCAUAAUAAUGAAUACAACACUUUUGGCACUGGAAACCAACUCGUAAGUUAUUUUUUUCUUUUAUCGUAGUAAAAUUUCCUCAUCUUGUCCUAAAAAAUACAGGGAAUUAUUUUCAAAAUUUAAAUUUAAAAGUCAGUCGGAGAGAAAUUGGGUAUUAAAUAUUUUAUAUACAUACAUAUGUUGCAAUAUAGUGCUUGUUAGCCAAGGAAUUUUAAUCUUAUAUUGGAUGUUUUUUUUAGAAGCUUGAGAACUUAAGUGGAUAGAGCAAAACAUAAAUAUUUUUGGAAUGAAUUUUUUUAUUAUUAUCUGGUAGAUAUUUUCAUGUGGUUACAUGAAGUUACAUAGUCCAUUCGAUCAGUCCAAUUCUUGACUACUUUUUCCAAUAUAUCUGGUCGUAUGGCUUCAGUAGUGGCUUGAAUAUUGCGCGCUGUAUGGCAAGUUGAGCUGUCUUGCUAGAACCAAAUGUCGUCGAUGUUUAGCUAAUUAAUUUUUGGAAAGAAAAAUUCGACGGCGCUCGCCAUGCAACGAAAAAAAUAAAAUCCGAUAAUGCCAUCAGCGCUCUAUGAACUUCACGAACAUAUUUCUUAAGAAGUAAAUUUCCACGAUUUGGAAGCGUUGUUCUGCCGUUAAAAGCUUAUUCAUGACUUGCUGAACAGAAGUUUGACAUUCUCAGCAGUCGAACCAUAGCUAUCGAUAUCGAUAGAUCUUAUAAAGCUAAAAACACAUCCGAUAUGAUUUAAAUUCUUUUGCGCUUUUCUUACCAUUUUUUUUUAAUCAGUAAUAAGAGUUAAUUUUCAAAUUAAAUUUUUCCAAUUAAAAAUUAAAAUAAAACUAUUUAUCUUUGCAGUUAAAAAUAAAAGCUAAAAUUUGAUUUAUAUUUUUUCGCUCAGAUAUAAAAGUUAUAAUUUAUAAUUAUUUUGGUCAAACAUAAAAUAAAAAUUUUGCUUUUAUUUUUUCGGUAGAAAAUAACAGUGUAGUGGCAAGCCAAGCAAAAGCAAAUGAGACAUUAAUGAAUGGAAUAAGACUAUUUUUUAUGUUUUUACACUCAGUCAUAUCAAAACGGCGCUUUAGUGCUACUUGAGGAGUGCCAGAGUUGUACUCCAACCAUUUGACAUUUAGUCAUAACGGUGAUGCUGAAAGAAAAAAAUACAUUCGAUAUUUUCCUUCAUAUAACAAAUGACAAAUUUUUGCUUAUAUUCUCUGCGAUUUUACACAUCGUUCUUUUAACUUUUACUUUUGACUGAAUAAUAUAAAUGAAAAUUCAACUUUUAUUUUUGAUUGAAAAAACUUGACCUAAAAAAUCACGUGAAUAUUUAAUAAUAAAUUGCACUUUUUAUAUCAAUGCAAUAGUAUUUAUUUAUAUAUGUUAUUUCGUAAAUAUUGUUUGCAAUAACUUUUUACAAAAAAUUGAACGAGACGAUAAUCACUGCAGUUGAUUUAUAUUUUUUAUAAUCUUGAUACUUAUGUAUAAACUUUUACAUCAAUAUGUACGUGUGUAUUUAAUAAAUGUAAUUUACUUGUAUAGCAAGAGUAAAUCGAUCAAGAAUAAGAAUAUUAACAUAUUUAUUUUAUUGUAUCUGGGAACAGAGCGACAGAUCUAUGUACAUAUAAUAUACAGAUAAAUUUAUGUAUUAAAAUAUGGAAA